GAGACACCACUUCAACCUUCAGCUCAAGCGUCAACUUAAUUAGACUGCGUCCAUGAGUUACCAGGGCCUACAGAUGAAGGCCUUUGUUGCCGUCUGUGCUCUCUGCUUCCUAGCCAGACAAACGACUGGAACGCCUGCCUGUAAGCUUGAUCCUACAGGGGUCAACUACAGAGGGAACGUAUCUCAGACGUUAUCUGGUCGCACCUGUCAACAAUGGACCUCGCAGUACCCCCACGAUCACACCAGGACCCCCUCUGAAUACCCCAAUACAGGGCUUGGAGGACACAACUAUUGCAGAAACCCAGACAAUGUCUUCACUGCUUGGUGCUAUACCACUGACCCUGAGGUUAGAUGGGAGUAUUGUGCUGUAGGUGACUUUGACCCAGAGUGUACCAUCACUCCCCUAGCUGGAGGACUAUCAGAGUGCUACCUGUUAUCAAACGCAACUGACUACAGGGGAAAUAUAUCGGUGUCCCGCAAUGGCCAUACAUGUCAGCAGUGGAGCGUCCAGACACCUCAUGAGCACAACUACGCCCCUUCUGACUACCCCAAUGAUGGUCUUGGUGACCACAAUCUCUGCAGGAAUCCAGGGGGAAGUGGUGACAUGGUUUGGUGCUAUACGACUUCCCCUACUCGCUGGGAGUUCUGCAACAUCGGAGUGCCCCGUGAAAAUUGCAACGAGGAAACAACUACUGCAGAAACAACAAGUGUUCCUACUCCUCCGACUCCUGAAACAGCUACCACCACAGGAUCUCCAGAGUGCCAGCAGGACCCAUCAGGGGCCACCUACAGAGGGGAGGUGUCUCACACGGUUUCUGGACGUACCUGUCAGAAGUGGACCCUCCAAGCACCCCAUGAGCACAACAGGACACCGGAGGAGUACCCUAACAGCGGGCUGGGAGACCACAACUAUUGCAGAAAUGUGGGGGCUUCCUCCUUCACUGCAUGGUGCUACACCACCGAUUCAGACGAGCGAUGGGAGUACUGCCCUGUCGGCACCUAUGAGCCCGAAUGCAUGGCACAUACAACAUUGAGCCCAAGUGACUGCUACACCGAUCCCUAUGCAACGGACUACAGUGGGACCAUCAACGUGACUCGCAGUGGUUAUACGUGCCAGGCCUGGACUUCUCAGUAUCCCCAUGAGCACAGCAGGACCCCAUUAGAGUACCCGAAUACUGGUAUCGGGGAGCACAACUACUGCCGCAACCCUGACACCUCAGACAUGGCCUGGUGCUAUACAACUGAUUCCAACGUCAGAUGGGAGUACUGCAGUAUUGGAAUCCCCCAAGAGCAAUGUGAAGAAGAACAGACUACACCCUCCCUCUCACCAACCAGUAUGACAGACAUUGUCCGUCUGAGCAAGGGUCCUAAUUCUUGGACCGGACGUGUUGAGAUCAACAUCGACGGCGAAUGGGGAACUAUCUGCGAUGACCUUUGGGGUCUGGAUGAAGCCAGCACUGUGUGCAGGAUGCUUGGGUACCGAGAGGGCGCUAUACGGGCCAGCGUCAGGGCAGAAUUUGGGUCCGGCUUGCCUACGGUACCAAUCUGGCUUGACAAUGUUGAUUGCUUGGUCCCUUGGGAUAACAUCCUUGAGUGUCAACAUGAUGACAUUGGAGUACACAACUGUCAGCAUUCUGAGGAUGCCGGUGUUGAGUGCAAGCCAAACGAAGAAGCUGUUGAGACUACUAUCUCAUCAAUCACAGCCUCAAACACAGCCUCCUCCGAGCAGAUGACACAGGUAUACUCAAAUGAAGCUGUUGAGACUACUAUCUCAUCUAUCACAGCCUCAAACACAGCCUCCUCCGAGCAGAUGGUACAGGUACACUCAAAUGGAGGUAAUUUCACUCUUCAAGACGGAGACAGUCUGUACAUCUCUUCUCCCAACUACCCUGCCAACUACGAUUCCAACGCCAAUGUUCUAUGGGUCAUCACCAUGCCGGAGGAUUGCUCUCUGGUUCUGAGUGUCCUCAGCUUUCAAACUGAGAACUAUUUUGACGCGCUGACCGUAAGCAGUGAAUCAGAAGCUGAUCAGUCGGUUGUGCUAAUUAGCAGAUUUUUAAGUCGUCUGGCGCCGUUCAACAGAACUUAUGCUCCGUCAACGUUAAUGCGAAUCCAAUUCAGAACUGAUCGUAGUGUAGUGUAUCAAGGAUUUGAGGCAGAAUUAAGAGCUUCUUGCAGUGCAGAAGCUGGUGAGACUACUAUCUCAUCUAUCACAGCCCUAAACACAGCCUCCUCCGAGCAGAUGACAGGGGAAGACUUAAAUGAAGCUGUUGAGACCACCAUCCUAUCAAUCACAACCUCAAACACAGCCUCCUCCCAGCAGAUGACACAGGUACACUCAAAUGGAGGUCAUUUCGCUCUUCAAGACGGAGACAGUCUGUACAUCUCUUCUCCCAACUACCCUGCCAACUACGAUUCCUACGCCGAUGUUCUAUGGGUCAUCACCAUGCCGGAGGACUGCUCUCUGGUUCUGAGUGUCCUCAGCUUUAACACUGAAAGCUUUUAUGAUGCGCUGACCGUAAGCAGUGAAUCAGGAGCUGAUCAGUCGGUUGUGCUAAUUGACACAUUAUCAAGUCGUCUGGAGCCGUUCAACAGAACUUAUGCUCCGUCAACGUUAAUGCGAAUUAUAUUCAGAACUGAUAGUACUGUAGAGUAUAAAGGAUUUGAGGCAGAAUUAAGAGCUUCUUGCAGUGCAGAAACAACAACUGCAAGCCAGACUACAAGACAGACUACACAAGAUUCUAAUGAUAUGACUAGUGAAGCACCAUGGACCAUUGGUGGGAAUGUGGAUUCUACAGGUGGACCUAUCGCUCUUAGGGAGGGACAGGACUACUUUAUUGGAUCCUCUAGCUUUCCAAGCAACUACCCAAGCAAUGCAACCAUUCUGUGGCAAGUGACAACCUCGGACCGUUGCGCCAUCCAUAUCACUUUCAUGGCCUUCAGCACCGAGCCCAUAUAUGACUACUUGGUUGUGGGGUCGCAGGACGUAACACCCAAGAACAUGGUCCAUCGAUGGACAGGAGGGGAGGUUCCUGCACCCCUCCAUUUGAACUCCAACCAGGCAUGGUUUCUCUUCAUGUCAGACUCUGAGACGGAAGAGCAGGGGUUUGUGGCGAAGCUACAUGCUAUGUGUUCAAACUCAACAGCCUCUAUAGAGGAUGUGCGUCUGGUUGAUGGCAAUGUACCACAAGAGGGCAGGCUUGAAGUCCUUUACCAAGGCCAAUGGGGAACUGUUUGUGAGGACCUGUGGGAGAGGACGAAUGCUGAGGUUGUGUGCAGGAUGCUAGGGUACGAGGGAGCCGACUUGGAGUACUCGACCACCGACUUGUGGUGGCUCAUCAAAGGCUCAGGACCUAUCUUGAUGGAUAAUGUACGUUGCCAAGGCAACGAGUCUAGUCUUGAUGAGUGCAGCCAUCUUGGAUUGGGUGUCCACAACUGCGACCACUCCAAAGAUGUGGGUGUGACCUGCAGAACAGGAUCAGAAGCCAACCCAUCCACUGACAAUUCAGCCAUCAUCCGCCUUGUGAACGGCAACCGGCCAAGCGAGGGCAGGGUAGAAGUAUUCCGAGGCCGAAGCUGGGGGACGGUCUGCGAUGACUACUGGGGGAUAGAGGAUGCAAACGUGGCUUGUAAGAUGCUGGGAUACGAGAGGGCCGAGUUGGCUUACAGAGAGGCCAAGUUUGGUGAGGGAGACGGGGCCAUUUUGCUUGACGAUGUCUCUUGCACCGGGAGAGAGCCCAGUCUGUUUGCAUGCGAUCAUAGCGACUUUGCUGACUGUUCUCAUGCUGAAGACGCUGGUGUGAAGUGCCUUGAGACCAGCGGCAGAGAUCUGUCGUUAGCCUAGGGGGAUGCAGACCAGAAGCAGUCCUCCCGGGGGACCCCACUUUUCAAAUACCCCAAAGGUGCCCCUUUUUAACAUAGGAAAAGUACUCCUUUUACUUUAACAAGUGGCCCUAUUAAUUUGUAUAAGUGCCCCUUCCCCAUUUAACCUCAGAUGAGUGCCCCUCUUUAUUUUGACACAUGCCUCUUUUCCUGUACAAGUUCCCAUUUUCCUUUUCAAUAAGUGUCUAUUUUCCAUUCUCAUAACAAAUAAUCCCUUUUUAAUCUUUAGAAAGCGCCCUUUUCAGGAACGAGAAGUGUCCCUUUUCACUUUUGAUAUAUGCCCCCUUCACCUCUGAUAAUUGCCCUAUUCAAAUCUGAGAGAUGCCCCUUUUACUCUGCCAAGUGCCCCUCCCCCUUUUAAUAACUACCCCCUUUUUAAUUUGGAUAAGCGGACCUUAUAUUUUCAGAAGUGCCUCUUUUCCUUAUGAUAAGAGACCCCAUUUUAAAAAGAGCCCCUUCCCAUAAAUUCCCUUUUCAGGUACUUUUCAGGUGCCCUUUCACCUCCGAUAAUUGCCCCUAUUCAAAUAUGAGAGAUACUCGUUUUACUUUGACAAGUGCCCCUUCCCCUCCUGAUGAGUGUACAUUUUCACCUCUAAUAACUGCCCCUUCUAUAUGACACGCGCCCCCUUUCCAUUCUAAUCAAAAUUCAUGUUCUUUUUUCUUCUUAUAAGUGCCCCUUCCCUUCUCAUAAUUAUCUCUUUUCAUUUCUGAUAAGU